AUGGAGAGGAGAUACCGAGAUCUUGAAAGUCAGGUUCAGGUGUACGAGAAACUCCUGCGCCGGGUACAGUUUCGAGUCUCGCCCGAGGACGGGGACCUUAUCGCUCGGACUCUUGCCCAUUACAGCGAGACAUCUGACAUGAAGGGCACCGUUACAGAUCGUGGGCAGUCCCAAACAAUAGGGGAUGGUGCCGUGUACGCAAUAGAGUGUGUGCAGGAGGACCUUCAUAGUAGCAAAACUUUACAGCCCAUUGGAUUUAUUGGCGGUCCUUCUGAGCUGUCCUGGAUUCAGGAUUUGAACCAGGAGGUCGAGAAAUACACAAUAUCUUCGGAUGGAAUCUCUCCGAAUGAAGUUCCAACUAAUGACUCAGAAGUUUUGAGUAGGGUGAGUUAUUUCCUGGAUGAUCAGGAGCUGGCCAUUUAUGGAAACAUUGAUCUUCAGAUUCAGCCACCUCAAGGUGUUGCGGAGCGACUGCUUUGCCUAUACUUUCAGACUGUGCAUCUUUCGUUUCCCAUUAUCAGCAAACUGUCCUUUACGCAACAAGUGGGCAGAUAUUACGCCAAUCCAAAUUUACGUCCGCCGAAGAAAUGGCUCGCGAUUUUGAAUUUGGUUUUCGCUGCCGCUGCCAAGUUUGCCCAUUUAGUACCUCAACAUUUGAUGCAGUCCAUGGAUAGCCCGACGGAGUAUUUCUUCCGGGCUCAGCAACUCGCUACCGCAGAAAAUCCAUUAAUUGAACAUCCCAACCUUCAACAGGUACAAAUUGAAGGUCUCACUGCGUUUCUGUGUAUGGUGUUGGGCCAUAUUAAUAGGUCCCGGAGAGUGUGUGGUAUCGCAAUAAGGUCUUCCAUUGCUAUGGGAAUAAAUUUGCGGAAUCAGAGUAAAGAAAUAUCCAAUACUUCUAGAGAGAUCCGAUACCGUGUUUGGUGGUCACUCUAUACACUGGAAAACACACUUUCAGUGAUGACUGGCCGGCCUACUGGAACUUCAGAUAGGUUCUGUACGACACCUUUGCCAAUACCUUUCGAAGAAGAGCAAUUUCAUCAAGACCCUGCUGUCAGACUCCUAGCGGAUUCGGGAUUUCGUGCUGAGUAUAUGCGGGACUUUACAUUCUUCGGAUGUACCCCUGCGAACAGGCCUCCAAAUACCGACAAAAUUGGCGGCCGAAGGCCUGACUCCAAAUUUCAAGAUAUUGUCCCCAAUACUUCUCGAUAUUUUCUCUAUUUUGUCGAGCUGACCAAGAUCAUGCGUCAAGCAGUUGAUUCCUUGUACAGUCCGGGAUUCGCAAGACGUCCUUGGCUUACCAUCUAUGCGGCCAUGAUAGACCUGGUGCACGAAACAGACGAAUGGCUUUCCGGUUUAGCUGCAGCCUUUAGCUUCAAGGAUCAUCAAGGAUCAGGUCAAUUUGACAGGUGGAGGUGGGGCCUUGCCGUCAGAUUUCAUAGUGUGAGGAUUACAAUAUGUCGGCCCUCCCUUUGUCGGUCGGGAAGGCACAGACAGGGCACCGAGCCUUCCAAGGAUCUUCAGGAAACCGCAGAUAUAUGUAUUGAUUCAGCUUGCCAGCUUCUGGAUCUCCUGCCCGAUAAGCCUGACGGUAUCUGGUUGGCCCAGGUAUCUCCAUGGUGGUGUGUCCUGCACUACCUCAUGCAGUCAGCAACCAUACUGCUGAUAGAGCUGGGCUAUCGCAUCGGAACCGGUGCAGACCAGGCCGCUUUCGUCGAAUCACGCAUUAAAAAAGCGCUAGACUGGCUUUCCACUCUGGCGGCUGAUGAUCUCGCUGCUGAACGUGCUUUCAGAGUCUGCGAUAGUCUUCAUCGUCGGCUCCUUCUCCGCUCGAUUAUCGAACAGGACAGAGUUCCUAGGUUCUCUGCGGCGCUGUCAACAAAACUUACGCCUUCUGACGAUGUCCCAAAUUUAGUCUCCCAGGCUGAGCACAAUUUUACUCAUGUUUCCGUUAUGCCGCACAGAACGGGAGAGUCGGCAUUUAUGGACUCAGAAAUGAGGAACGAGACAAUGUUUCAUCCAGCGCUCCAGACACCAUACGACGAAUUCAUGCCGUACAAUUUGGACAGUGCAUGGAACUGA